AUGCAAUACAGUUUGGCGAUUUUUUUCCAGGAGCUGUCUGAUGGUUCAUUUGAAUGCCUGUCGUUGGAUCUGGAGUCCAAUGGCGAGCGGAUCUCUAUGCUACAAGAGGAGUUGUGCCGGAGGUUCAAGAAAGACAAGGCUUUGGAGAAGCUUGUAGAGACGCAAGCCUUUGCGUUCCAUGGGAAAAGUGAAUGGACGAGGUUCAACAUCAUGGUUGUGUCCUUUCUGAAGUACUGUCGGGAUGUGAAUCCUUGGUCAUUGCUUGAGAGCUACGACCUGAUCUUCAAUUUCUACACGGACCUCGUGAACUGCCUGCUGAACGACUCGUAUCCUAUCGACAAGCUGGUUCCGAUCACUAAAGAGAUGACCGAUUACGUCGUGCCUGUUGCGUGCAAGCUGGACAACAACUAUGAGCUUUUGAACACUCGCCGGUUCCAAUUCCUAUCGUACGUGUCGUCUGUGGUGUCGAAGCUGUUCAACAGCACCAAACCUCUGCGCAACCUCGAUGACCACGAGGGCUUUGUCGAGAAGCCGCAUUUCCAGCAGUUGCCAGGCAAGCAGAAGAUCCUGCUGUAUUUGGUGAACAAGCUGAACAACAUCUACUUCCGGAUCCACUCUCCACAGUUGUGCUCGAACAUAUUCAAGAACUUCAAGCCCAAGUGCAUGAUCUAUAGGUUCGGCGAGUACCCUGUGCAGGAACGGAUCGAGUUCCACUACCUGCUGGGCAGGUACUAUCUGCUGAACAACAACGUGCUGAAUGCGUACCGACAACUGGACAGGUCGUUUGAGCUGCUGUCGCACGUUGCGUCGACGCUGAACCUGUCGCUGGAGUCGAUGCAGCCCCUGCGAAGCAACCUGCAGCGCAUCUUGAAGUACCUUGUGCCUGCCGGGCUCAUCAUCGGCAAGCUGCCGCGGUUCUGGGUGGUCGGCGAGGUUGACCAGCAACUGGCACACCAGUACGCAGCUGUUGCCAGAGCUGUGAGGGCCGGCAACCUCAAGGGUGUCAACGAGUGGCUGCAAGAGCACGAGUCCGCCUUGCGCCGGUCGCACCUGCUGCUGACGCUGCUGGAGAAGCUGCCGGUGCUCGCAUACCGCUACCUGGUGCGUGCAGUGGUGCAGGGGUACACGAUGGAGCUGUCGUCCUCGAGGGUGCCGUAUGCCGUGGUGCGAAGGGCCGUUGAGCUGUCCACGGGUCCCGGGCCAGGCGCAGAGGCCCGUCUGACGAUAUACAACGCCGUGCACUCGGCUGCGAACGUGGAGGCGAUGCUGGUGGACCUGAUCAACCUGAACCUGUUUCGGGGCAACUGCUUCCCGAUGCUGGAGACGUGUGUGGUCCGCAAGACAACGGACGUGUCGCAGGUGUUUCCGUCUGUGCCGGAGAAGGUGGUUGCGAUGUUCCCGCUGAACGGCGACGACGCCUGGCUGGACGAGUAG